CUGUGAAUAUUCCUCCCUUUCAUCAAAAUGUCGCUUGUAGUUCCCGAGAGGAAUCAGUUCCAGCACAUUAUCCGUUUGCUCAACACCAACGUUGACGGCAAGGAUAAGAUUACCAUUGCCUUGACCUCCGUCAAGGGUGUUGGUCGUCGUUUCGCUAACGUUGCCUGCAAGAAGGCUGACAUUGAUCUUAACAAGAGAGCCGGCGAAUUGAGCAACGAAGAAUUGGAACGCAUCGUCACCAUCCUUCAGAACCCUGCUCAGUACAAGAUCCCCAACUGGUUCCUCAACAGACAAAAGGACGCUGUCGAUGGCAAGUACAGCCAGGCCAUCUCUAACGGUAUCGACACCAAGAUGCGUGAGGACUUGGAGCGCUUGAAGAAGAUCCGUGCUCACCGUGGUCUUCGUCACUACUGGGGUCUCCGUGUCCGUGGUCAGCACACCAAGACUACUGGUCGCAGAGGCAGAACUGUCGGUGUCAGCAAGAAGAAAUAAACUGGUCACUCGCCUUUUGGGCUCAGAAAUUUGUUUCUUUGGAUGCAAUAAAACCUCAGUAUACGGAACUGGUUUUUGUCGAUUAUAUUUACAUUGUUGCAAUGCUGUCAG